GUCGCUUCCACGAAUAAGCUAGCAGCUGCACCUGCCUUGGAAGCGUUCCAACCCACACGAGGACGACCCCCUCCUUCCCGCGCCACGUCUCCCCUCCCCUCCAGAUCCAUCUAUCUCACCCGCCCUCGCGCCACUGCUCCUGCUCCGGUCAAGUCAAACCCUUCGGAGACGGGGCAGGUUCUUUCGUUGUUGCGCCCGGCUCCCUCCCGCAAAAGCCUCUCGCCUCUCUUGCCAACAAGCCACCACGCCGCCCAAAGCGCGAGCCAGGCUCUGACCCAAUUUGCACGGAAAGGGCGCGCCUUGAUCGGUGUCUGAGUGCCCCGAUCCAAAGAAUCGCUUCUUUGUGCCUGUUCUUGCUGUUAUUGGUCGGGGAGGAUUGGAAGGGGCAAGCAGGGAAGGAUCGAUGGGGAGGCUGCGGCUGCCGGCAUGGUGGUGGGCGCUGCUGGCGCUGGCGCUCACGGCGGGCCUGGAGCAGGCGGCGGGACGGUUCGUGGUGGAGAAGAACAGCCUGCGGGUGACGUCACCGGCGGCGCUCCGGGGCGUCCACGAGUGCGCCAUCGGCAACUUCGGCAUGCCGCAGUACGGGGGCACCAUGCACGGAGUGGUCGUCUACCCCAAGUCCAACAAGAAGGCCUGCAAGCCGUUCGACGAGUUCGGCCUCUCCUUCAAGCCCAAGCCCGGCGGCCUCCCCGUCUUCCUGCUCGUCGAUCGCGGAGAGUGCUACUUCACAACCAAGGGGUGGAAUGCACAAAAUUCUGGCGCUGCAGCAGUUCUUGUUGCCGACGACAAAGUGGAGCCUUUGAUCACAAUGGAUACUCCAGAAUCUAGCGGCACAGAGCACAUAGAGAACAUCACUAUUCCUUCAGCACUUGUUACAAAGAGAUUUGGGGAUGACCUUAAGAAAGCACUUGAAAAUGGAGAUAUGGUAAAUGUCCUUCUGGACUGGAGGGAGUCUCUGCCUCAUCCUGAUGAGCGUGUGGAGUAUGAAUUCUGGACAAACAGCAAUGAUGAAUGUGGUGCUAAAUGUGACAUGCAAAUGAAUUUUGUAAGGAGCUUCAGAGGAAUAGCUCAAGUGCUUGAGAAAAGGGGUUACACCCAGUUCACUCCUCAUUAUAUUACGUGGUAUUGUCCAGAAGCUUUUGUCCUGAGCAAACAGUGCAAAUCACAAUGCAUCAAUCAUGGGAGAUAUUGCGCACCAGAUCCGGAGCAGGAUUUCAGCACUGGAUAUGAUGGCAAAGAUGUUGUGGUUCAGAACCUGAUUCAAAUUUGUGUGUUCAAAGUUGCCAAUGAAAGUCGCAAGCCGUGGUUGUGGUGGGAUUAUGUGCACGACUUUGCAGCUAGGUGCCCAAUGAAGGAGAAGAAAUACACACGUGAAUGUGCUAAUGGUGUUAUUAAGUCACUUGGAUUGGAAAUUGAGAAAAUCAACAAAUGCAUUGGAGAUCCUGAAGCCGAUGAAGAGAAUCCAGUCCUCAAAGCAGAGCAGGAGGCUCAAAUUGGUCGUGGUUCUCGAGGCGAUGUCACUAUACUGCCAACUCUUGUUGUCAAUAACAGGCAGUACAGAGGUAAGCUGGAGAAAAGUGCUGUGCUAAAGGCAGUAUGCUCGGGAUUUGAGGAGACAACUGAACCUGAUGUCUGUUUGCAUGAAGAUAUUGAGACAAAUGAAUGUUUGGAAAACAAUGGAGGUUGCUGGUUAGACAAGGCUAGCAAUGUAACUGCAUGCAAGGACACCUUCCGUGGUCGUGUUUGUGAAUGCCCUAUUGUCAAUGGUGUAAAAUUUGUUGGUGACGGAUACACCCACUGUGAAGCUUCCGGUGUCGGCAGGUGCCAAAUCAACAACGGCGGCUGCUGGAAGGAAACUAGGAAUGGGAAGACUGUCACGGCCUGCUCAAAUGAAGAAGCUAAUGGCUGCAAAUGCCCGCCAGGUUUCAAGGGUGAUGGGGUAAACAGUUGCGAAGAUAUUGAUGAGUGCAAAGAGAAACUGUUCUGCCAGUGCAAGGAUUGUGCUUGUGAUAACACAUGGGGAAGCUAUGAGUGCAGCUGUGGUGGCAACAAUAUGCUAUACAUUAGAGAACAUGACACUUGCAUCAGCAAAGAGUCUACUUCAUCGGUGGGUUGGGGCUUCCUAUGGGUUAUUUUCUUUGGCCUCGCCUUGGCUGGAGUAGGAGCCUAUGCCGUGUACAAAUAUAGGCUACGGAGUUACAUGGAUUCAGAGAUUCGUGCGAUCAUGGCUCAGUACAUGCCCCUGGAGAGCCAAGAAACGCCGAAUCAACAGCGCCCCGUCGAGCAUGCAGAUAUCUGAAACAUCAAAGCUUAUGUGGAGCAAGCAGAAGAGAGCUAGUAACAUCACAUCGGUGGUAGACAUCUCUACAGAGAAGUCGGCUUGGAGCUGCCUUUUAUGUGCAGAGUAUUGAUUCUUCGUAUAUCUUUAUGAUUCUAAAAGACAGGAUAGACUGUUGCCCACCCUCUUCUUUUUCCGCUGAAAAUUACAGAGCAGAUUAGGAUCUUCUCUCUGCGGUUUAGAAUUCCUUGCGCUCUAGUCACCUCUUGAGCUUGCGGUCGUGUUCUGCCACAGUAAAUGUUAGAAUUCUGUAAAUACAGUUGUUCAGACUUCAGACUUAUAUAGUGUUUUGAUGCCCUGAAUAAAAGUGCCCAGAAGGAGCAUUAGCCAACUA